CAGCACCCCAAGCUGCUCCGCCAGCACCAACUGCCAACCGCCACAGACUGCAACAGCAGCAGCAGCAGCAGCAGCAACAACAACAACAGAGUGACGACGAUGCCCCUUCCCUCAGCGCGGGAGACGAAGAGGAAGACAGGCAGCAGCAACAGCAGAAGCAGCAGCAGCAGAAACAGCAGCAACGGCGACAGCAUCCUGAGGCCCAGCAGCAGCACGAAGUGCAGCAGGAGCAGCGGCAGCGGGAGGGAGAAGAAGCCGCACGCAAAAAGUUCAAGGGCAGCAGCAGCAGCAGCAACAGCAACAGCAGCAGCAGCAACAGCAAGACUGUUGUUGCAGCAAAGAGAGCUCCCGAGAAGAAAGGCAGUAAAAGCAGCAGCAGCAGCAGCAGCAGCAACAGGAAUGGGCUUGUUUGA